UUAAUCUAUCAAUCACUCCGGGAUCAGGUGUCGAGUGUGUCGUCUCUGAUAGUAUAAAUUGUGUUUCUUGGGAUACGCCUAAUUAAGGGUCGAAUGUUGCUGUGUUAUUUCUACAAUCAUAACUUGUCCUCGUCGCUGCUCCUGGGCUGUCAGGGUGAGAAUUAUCUGUGCUUUAAAAGCAACAGCUGGCGUGCAGGACUCACACAAACUACCGAUGAACCGCAAACACCGGCACCGGAAAAAGGUUACAGAAGGAACUGCUAGCCUUGCAAAGUGACCCUCCUCCUGGAAUGACCCUAAACGAGAAGAGCGUAGAGAACACCAUCACACAAUGGAUUGUGGAUAUGGAAGGAGCCUCUGGUACUCUUUAUGAGGGGGAGAAAUUUCAGCUUCUUUUUAAAUUUAGUAGUCGUUAUCCCUUUGACUCACCUCAGGUAAUGUUCACAGGAGACAAUAUACCUGUCCAUCCCCAUGUUUAUAGCAAUGGCCAUAUCUGCCUGUCCAUAUUAACGGAGGAUUGGUCACCAGCUCUUUCAGUGCAGUCUGUUUGUCUUAGCAUUAUUAGCAUGCUGUCUAGCUGUAAAGAGAAGAGGCGGCCUCCUGAUAACUCCUUUUAUGUACGGACGUGCAAUAAAAAUCCAAAGAAGACAAAAUGGUGGUAUCAUGAUGAUACUUGUUAAUAUGAACUUUCUAGAACUCCAGAAGGGAAGAAGUCCUACUGACCUAUAAAAGCACUUUUUGAAAUCAUAUGGUCUCUGAACUUUAACCUUGGACUCAAACUCAAGCAUGGACUCAGACCACAAACAUGGGAGAUGAUGUCAGCUGUGUUACCGGUGGCCAGUUGGAUGCAUGUUUGGGAAAACCAAAAAAACUGUCGGAGAAUGGAAAUCUAUUUUUGAAGAGGAUGGAAGCGGACCCGUGAAGGGGUUGGUGUGGAAAAACUUAGAAAAAUUUAUGAAAAAGGAUUAUUUCCAUCUUGGACCAUACAUAUUCCUGUUCAUUUUUGUCAUUGGUAUGUUUUAAGGUCCAUGUGUCUUGUGCAUUAACAAAGGAUAGGGGCAUAGCAGGGCCAAUAAUGAGAAAUCCAAAUCAAAUUAGAGAAAUCCAAAACCAAUCUGGAAAUCAUUGCUUUUUCUUUUCAUAUUCCUACUGAAAUGUUAUGCACUGUGAAGACAGACUAGUUCAUUCUAACAAAGAUAUAGCGCACUUCUUCAGAGAGUUUCUGAUGUUUCACUGUAAAUAGAUUCAUUUAAGAAAGAGACUGUUUUAUCUCAUUCAUCUCAAGCUCUGCUAUCACUGCAAAUGGUGGUUUCAUUGUCACUUAAGACUAUAAUUGGUCCGUUUGAGCAUCUAAACCAACCUUGACCAUCCAUAAACUCACAUUUACCUCUGCCAAGUCAUGUGGGAUGGAACCAGUGUUGAGUGUAGGUUUGCCAUUAAAGCAGAGCUAUAGGUAACCCAGAAUAUUGAAUGUUAGCAAGAAACUUCUGUCUUGUGUUCGAUCUUAUUUGUAUAAAAUGUUUUUGUUAUGAGGCAGUAGUUCAAAAUUAUGUUCAACUAUUCCAUUUAAAAAAUUUACUUCACCUUUAUCACCUUUCUUUUUGUGCAAGUAAUGAAAGAGAGUUAAUAGAUGGCAAUACUGUAUGUUCCAACAGUGUACAUCUUGUUUAAUUAUUGGUAUUUGUUUUAUUCUCUGUAAUCUCAGAUGGUUUGGAAGUUAUUGUGGUUUAUAUAUUCAAAAGAUGUUGAUCAUCUGGUCAUGCUUGCCUGGCUCAGGUAAAUUCUUCCAAGGACGAAAAAAAAAAAAAAAUCACAAAUAGUCCUAAAUAUUUUCCAUUUGAUUAUAUUUUCUCCCAAAGGACUGUUACGUAGUUUAGGGGGGAAAAAAACGAAAUAUGUAUAAUCUGUAACUCCUAAAAGUGAGAUUAAUUAACCUGGCGGCAUGUAGAUACACAAAUUAUGUUACUGGAGAGCACAUAUUUGAUAAUAUUUAGAUCCUGCACGUUUUUCAAAAUGAAAUGAUUUCAAUUCUCCAAAAAAUUAGUGUUAUUAUGAUCAGAGAUUAUCUGGUACUUUGUCUUUUAGGUUUUCUGGGAUUAAAAAAACAAAAAAAACAACAACACUUUUUGUCCCCAACAAUUGUAUUUCGUUGAUGUUAGCUAUCUGAUCAGUAAUGUGAGAUCUCACACUGUUUAUUAACUUCAUACACUCCAAAGAUGUAUUUUUAGCCAUCUAUUCAGAAAUACUUGAAUAUUCUAAACCUGUUUGGCUUGUCUUCUUUUCCAUCGUCUGUGGUACAGUGUACUUAGACUUGCUAAUGAAUGUGUUGGUGUAGAAAAAAAUGGAGAUGGCCAUGACUCUUCCCUCUGCACACAAUAUCAGGAUCCUUUUUAUUUUAUGUUACACAUGUAAAUUGUCCUUACUACUGAAAGUAAUGUGUGGAAAUGACAACAGGGCUAAACUUGAAUGUGUGUUUGCUGGCUGAGAAAUAUAUUGACCCCUGUCAGCAUUUGAAAGGUGUCAAUAUGUGUACACACUUAUGUUUAAAGUAGACUUUGGUACUUACAAAGUUUUCUUCUUUUUU